GUUCCCUGCGCCUCGUCUCACUCCCACGAACGCCACUCGAUUUUAGGGCUCGCUUCGUAACGCUCGCCCCCGCUCUCGGAGCUCGUCGACGACGGCGAAUCGGCGAGGCGAUCCGUUUCAGUGAACUGGAUUUUGAUCGGGGGUAUGGCUGCGGUGGAUCUGAGUCGGGGAGCGAUCGCGGCGAUAUCGGAGGGGCGGGGGGAGGAGGGCGCUAAGCCGGUGGUGCAGGUGUGGGAUUUGAGGUUGGUGAACACUCAGCAGACCACCACGGAGAGGUACCGGAUGUUGCUGUCCGACGGGACUCAUAUGCAGCAGGCCAUGCUCGCGACGCAGAUGAAUGGGAUCGUCAAAUCGGGGUCUCUUCAGAAGCACUCCAUCGUCCAGCUCAACGAGUUCAUCUGCAACGUCAUCCAGAACCGCACAAUUAUUAUUGUCAUCAACCUGGAUGUCCUUGUCAGUAGUAACAGCGCUAUAGGAGAACCAAAAAUGUUUGAUAAUGGUACUUCUUUACAAAACCGAGCUUCAAUGCCUGCUCAGCCAUCCAGUGUAGAUCAACCAGCCAUAGCUGCAGCUAAUCGUCAAACAUAUGGUCUGCACUCUGCUACUCCCAACAUUGGACAGAAUGUUUCUGGAGGAGCUUCUCUGCAUCAGCAGGCUGAGCCCAGGACAAACAACCCAUCAUUUGGUGGUAAUUAUGGUCCUGUGGCUAGUAGGAAUAUGAACAUUGAGAAUAUUGAACAUCCAAAAGUUGAACAUGGUACGGGGCUGUUGUCUGAGUCACAUCCAUAUAGUGGUAACCAGAACCUGAGGUCAAAUUCAACAUCAGUUGGUGUGUUCCGUCCACCUGCCAUUUCUAAUGUGCGUCCUGCCCAGUCUGUUGAUCGGCAGCCCCCUCCAAUGUACUCAAAUAGGGGGCCUUUAGCUAGAAAUGAAGCUCCUGCUCGAAUUAUCCCAAUUGCUGCUUUGAAUCCUUACCAGGGCAGAUGGACGAUUAAGGCAAGAGUAACAACUAAAGGGGACCUUAGGCGCUAUAACAAUCCUAGAGGAGAAGGAAAAGUCUUUUCUUUUGAUCUUCUGGAUUCUGAUGGUGGAGAGAUACGAGUCACUUGCUUUAACACGAUAGCUGAUCAGUUCUUUGAUCAGAUUGAAGUUGGUAAAGUUUACCUGAUUUCUAAAGGUAGCUUGAAGCCUGCCCAGAAGAGCUUUAAUCAUCUGAAUAAUGAAUAUGAAAUCUUUUUAGAAUCUCAGUCAGUCAUUCAGCCUUGUUUAGAUGAAGACCCCACCAUUCUGAAGCAACACUUCAACUUUCGUGCAAUAAAUGAAAUUGAAGGCCUGGAAAACAAUUCAAUGGUCGAUAUAAUUGGCGUUGUCACUUCAAUAAAUCCUUCGGUUUCAAUCAUGAGGAAAAAUGGCACUGAAACUAAUAAACAAACUCUUCAGUUGAAGGACAUGUCGGGCCGAAGCGUCGAUGUGACUUUGUGGGGAAAUUUUUGUACCAUGGAUGGUAAACAGCUGCAAAGUAUGUGUGACUCUGGUGUGAAUCCUAUAUUGGCGAUUAAAGCUGGUCGAGUUAGUGAUUUUGGUGGAAAAUCAGUAGGUACUAUCAUGACCAGCCAACUGUUUAUAAAUCCUGAUUUUACUGAGGCCCACAGAUUGAGAGAAUGGUGUAAUGGUGAAGGGAAGACUAUGGCUGCUCCUUCAAUAUCCAGAGACGCCACCACCAUGGGUAGACAUGAUGUUCGGAAGUCUGUUGCACAGAUCAAGGACGAGGGGUUGGGAAGGUCAGAGAAACCUGACUGGAUAACUGUCAAGGCAACUGUUACGUUCGUAAAAGUUGAUAAUUUCUGCUAUACAGCUUGUCCACUAAUGGUGGGGGACAGAUCAUGCAAUAAAAAGGUUAAUAACAAUGGUAAUGGCACCUGGCAUUGUGAUCGCUGCGACCAGGAUUUUCCCGAGUGUGACUACAGAUACCUUCUCCAGUUUCAGAUCCAGGAUCAUACAGGCAUGACCUGGGUUACUGCAUUCCAAGAAUGCGGGGAGGAGAUUUUGGGCGUCGCUGCCAAGGAGCUUUACUUGUUGAAAUACGAGGAACAAGAUGAUAUGAAGUUCGCAGAAAUCAUCCGGACAGUCAUCUUCCAUCAAUACUUAUUCAAGUUGAAAGUUAAAGAAGAGACAUUCAGUGAUGAGCAACGUGUGAAAUCAACCGUUGUCAAAGUCGAAAGAAUAAAUCCAUCUGCUGAGAGCAGGUUUGUCUUGGGUCUGAUUGAGAAGCUCUCGACUAAAGAUCCCAAUGUCUCUGCGGGGGCGCACGGGACUUUCACUUCAACUUCUGAGAUUUCUACCUCCAUGUAUGGCUCUGUUGAAUCGAACUGUAAUAUCUAUGCUGCUACCAAUAACUAUAGCCCCUUUCACAACCCUGAUGGAUAUAGAAUGGGAGCACCGACAAACCAAUCAGCCCAGUAUUCAAAUAACUAUGGUGGAGUCAUCAAACAAAAUUUUAACCAAAACGAAGUUCAACUACAUUGUAACAAUUGCGGCGGCAACGGUCACAGCUUCCAAAAUUGUCCAAGAGGCAUAAAUUGGCAAGCACAACAAUCUGAUCCAGGAGCUGGAACCUUUGCAGCAGCAUAUGGCGGUUCUGGCACAUCAGGAAGAUUCACCAGACAACAUGUAGGUGGGUUCUGAAACUCUGUUCAUAGUGUUUGCCCUGAAUUAGGAAUAUUCUAGUGAUCUAUCAGCAUUCUUUUGGCGUUUUUGUUUUUAUGAUCGUUCUUUGUACAGUGGAAUUUGUGUGUUGGACUAGACAUUGCCCGAGCUGUUUUCUUGAUGUUUAGUUGCCAAAUUAACUGCCGAUAGGCGUUUUAGAAGCUUUUGAUUCUCAUUGAACGUUUUUCUCC